UCACGUGUGCUCUGGCAGUUCCCUCUUUUUUUCCUGAAGAGCUGGCCAAAGUCGGGCCGGGCGGAAUCGAAUCUACCGAAGGCCAGAACCCAACCCUUCGCGAUGGCCGCCUCCCUCGUAGCUGUCGUGCUCGUCCUCGCCGCAGUUGCGCCACGCCCUUCCUCCGGCAGCCACGUCGUCACCUUCACCCCUGCUCGCGGCGUCUCCCCGUCCUCCCUGGCCUGGGACCCUACGGCUCAGCACUUCGUCGUUGCCGGCGGAGGCGACGCCGUCCUAUCAGUCUCCGACGCCGGCGUCACCGAAUCAAUCGCGUCCUCCGGCGCAUCCGCGGUCGCCGUCGACGACCGCCGCCGACGCCUCCUCGUGGCGUCCGCGGGUUCCAUCUCCGCCUUCGACCUCCGCUCCCCUCGCCCGCACCGCGUCCUCUUCUCCACCCCGCUCCCAGAUCCGGCCGCGCCCGGCGGCGUCACCUUGGACUCGCACACGGGCUUCGCCUUCCUCACCGUGGGCGCCCGAAUCUAUAAGGUGUCCCCCGACGGCGACCUCGCCGCGCUGCCCGCUUCGCCCGCGUACGGCUCCGUGCCCCUUUCCUCCCUUACCGCGCACGUGAGCCGUGGGUUCCUGCUCGUGGCCCAGCCCAGCACGGGCCACCUCCUCCGCGUGGACAUGGAGGACGGCACCGCGAGAACCGUGUCCGGGCCUUUUACGCCCCCCGCGCCGGGUGCCGUGGUCGUCCGGAGCGAUGGGACGGUGGCCGUAGGUGGGGCCGCGACUCUGCGCCUUGUCGGAAGCAACGACGGGUGGGUGUCUUGCGCCGAGCACGACGUUGGGGAGCCAGACGACGCCGUUGCGGCUGUUGCUGUGGCUGUGAGGGAACGGAAGCGGGUUUAUGCACUGGUGGAGGCGGAGGUGGAGGGGACGAGGCAAUGGCGGAUCGAGGAGGUGGCCUGGAAGAAGGAGGGGGAAGGGGAGAUGGUGGCGGGGUUCAUCUUGGUCGGCGCCGCCCUCGCCAUCUUCAUGUUCUGGAGGUUCCAGAUGCGGCAGCUUGCUGGAAACAUGAACAAGAAGAUCAGAUAGAAAUACCACAAUUCUUAGUCCAUUUAUGUACAGGGUUAUGGCAGUGCCCAUUUGGCUAUUUCUCAGCAACCUUACCCUACACAUCUAGUGGUGGCAGCAAUGCUAUGGUUGCACAUGGUGAGUUUGCCCUUCAGUUCAGUAAAUUUGUUGAUUUAGCUAUGAUCACAAUAUGUUCCAGUCAUAUUUAUAGAUGUGCACCUUAACCAUCUUCCUCCAAAUGCUUUAUGGUAUAUCUGAAACUGCUGUUCUUGGUGAAAAAUCACUUUUGCUGUAUUUGCGCAAGUUUCCAACUGUCGUACCUCUUGGGCAAUGGUUGUUGGAGGAAACAAGUUUACUUUUGACCUAAUUGUUGUGUCCUCAGUGCUUGUGGGUAAUAUAUGUAUUGGUCAUGCAGAAGAAUAUAGUACGUAAUUUAGAACUAGUGCUAGCUGACUAAUGGAGAAAAAUAGAUAUUCUAGUUUCAUUCUAUCCAUGCUCACUUUCCCUGGACGGCCUUUGGUUGCAAGCAUCUAAAUUAUGUUCACCUACUCCCUCCGUCCUGGAAUAAGUGACACGAAUUUGUAUAAGAAUCUAUACAAAUCCACGUCACUUAUUUCAGGACGGAGGGAGUAUUUGGUAUAUGUGCAUAAAGGCACGAAAACCUGCUAUAAAGCUGGAGAACUUAGCGUUUUAUUAUUUUCCAGAACUGAAUAUGGAUAGAAUUUACUAACGCACUUUUAGAGGACAGCUUAGAUUUUGGCAAAAGGUGCCAACAUCAAUUUGGAGUUGCAAACAUUAUUCUCCUUUUUUUUUCUAGUCGAUGUAGUCUAAAGGUGGUCAGGCAUACCGAUGUGAAUGUGCUGCUGGUAGCUACACAUACUCAAUGGUAAAGCGAUGAACCACAAUGCAAGUUUUUAUCAUGUUCCGUACAAAUUAGAGAAUGUAGUGGUGAAAUUGUAGGUCUAGGGAUAGUGUCUUACUUAAGAAAUGGCUGUGUACCGCCAUCGAUUGUUGGCUGAUGUAUAAAACUCACAAGUUUGACAGGCAGUAUCUGAUUGCUCACAUAAAUUAGAUCGUUACCACGUGCGGUAGAUAUGCUUGGUGAUAUCUUGUUUCAAAAUUCCACACUGUGCAUUUACGCUUGAUUUCUUUAGUCAGGGUUUGCCCCCAUUUUGUUUGAUUGUCAAAUAUUUUGCAUUCCUCGGUCAUGCCACUGGUGUUUGGAUUGACAGCCUAGAGACCUGGAGAUUGGCCGAGGCGGUGGGUGUUCGGGAGGGUUGGUCCGUGCAACUAUCCCAAGAUAAUGACUGCAAAUGAGUAUAUUGGGAGAAAAAUCAUGUUACAUAUACUACAAAUCUUGAUUUAGUACAUAAGCAACUUGUAACAUUGGAGCCCAGUAGAGGCUAAAUUUGGUAUGCACGAUCAAUCAACACAACAAAAACUCAUUAGCUUGAUACUCUGUUUAUAGGAUGUACCCGAAGGGUCCUGAUACUCUGUUUAUGCCAUGGAGAAGACAGGAUUGAACCACGGAGUAGAUGAUUUUGCAGGUAUAAGUUGUGAGAUAUGCAUCUGGAGAGUAACGUACUCUGCAUUUCAAUUGGGUUGGUAGUGAUACACUUGGAUCAUGUAUCUGUGAAAUGUAUCACGGAAUUUAUGAGUAUAUAUAACUAACGGGAGUAAAAUUGGCGAUUAUAUAUAUUGUAACUUUACAUCCAUCACA